AUGAAUGAUCCUAGAGAUCCGGUCUUGCAAAGGGUGGCUUCAUCAAUGAAGAAGAAGUUUGACAAGUAUUGGGCGAGUUUUGAAAGUGUGAACAAGAUAAUUUUUGUAGCAUUAGUGCUAGACCCAAGAUUUAAACUUCAAAUGCUUAAGAUAAGCUCCCAAAAUCUCAAGGCCGAAGAAAAUAAGAUAGAUGAGGUUGUGCGUGAAGUGAGAACAUGCUUGUUCAAUUUGUAUAAUGAGUAUAGAGGGGUGGAUAGCUUUGUGAGCCAACCAAUGAAUGAAGGCGAAGAUGAAAAUGUUGGAAAUGAUCUUGAAGGCUAUGAUAAUGUUCAAACCAAAAUAUUUCAUCAGCUUGUGCAAUAA